CAAGACCCGAUUUCCCUCUUCAGUUUUCCUUUCUACUAUCCCUCACAGCAUUCCCUGUACUCUCUCUCCCUCGUCCCGCGAUUUCUGCGAAUAUAGUAGCUAGGUUUCCAAGAGCUGAACCUUUUUUAUUUUCUUUAUCUAGUUCCUUGUUAAUUCGGUCUCAAACCUUGUUAUGUUGUUCUUUUCUUUUUUCUCAAAGCAGAAACACAGAUCGUCGUUUUCAUUUUUCCUCUCAUCUUCUACUGUAAUUACUGUGUUGGUUCUUAUUUUUCCCUUUCACUCCAUUUUCUCGUUUCUCCUGAAUAAGCCUUUACUUUGAGGCACUCAAAUCUAGUUAAAAUUGUGUCUCAUAUACUUCUGUUGCAGACAAAAUAAGCUGUGAAAUCAACUACUAAUAUGGCUUCUCUCUUCAAGGAUCAAUCAAAACUUUCAGCAUAUCGUGACAGAAGAUUUCCUGGAACACAAGAAGAAUUUGAACAAGCGCUCCAGAACUCAACAACAAUUUAUAUCGGGAACAUGUCCUUUUAUACAACUGAAGAACAGGUUUAUGAGCUUUUCUCCCGAGCUGGAGAAAUUAAGAAGAUAAUUAUGGGCUUGGAUAAGAAUACAAAAACACCUUGUGGCUUUUGUUUUGUAUUGUUCUACUCUAGAGAAGAUACUGAGGAUGCAGUAAAAUAUAUAAGUGGGACGAUUCUUGACGAUCGCCCUAUCCGUGUGGACUUUGAUUGGGGUUUUGUUGAUGGUAGGCAAUGGGGCCGUGGCAAAAGUGGUGGACAGGUGCGGGAUGAAUAUCGUACUGAUUAUGAUCCUGGCAGAGGAGGUUAUGGAAAAUUAGUUCAGAGAGAAUUGGAAGCCCAAAGGCAGCUUGUAGAUUAUGGUGCUGGGUCAUUGGGCUCUUUUCCGCCUGUACUGCCUCCACAAUAUGGUAGGCAUGGCGGAAGUCACGGUCAUGGAGGUUCUCAUCAUCGUCAUGGCAGAGAUUACCAUCGAAAGCGAUAUCGGGAUGAUGAUCACCAUACACAUGAGACUUCAAAGAGAAAUUCAGAUUAUGAUUCAAGGAGAAACUCUGAUCCUGAGACUCGACCGGAGAAGAAUCCCCGUUUCCGGGAGAGUGGUGAUUCUGAUGAUGAGGAGGAAGAUGAUAGGAAGAGACGACCCUAGUAGAUUGGAAUUGGCAUUGGAAAAGCAGCAACGUUUUCUGCACCAAUUUGCGUAUUCCUGGAUUUUCUUUUUAGAGAAAAUCUUGUCGGAACUAAGCACUCUAGUUCUUCAUGGGAUGUUGUGAACCACAGAUGAUGUAUCUUCCAAAUCAAAUGUGCUUGUCAACUUGUAGUCUAGUCCAAUAUAUUUGAGUAAAAGUUUGAUUCAUUUGUUGGACUUGCACCAUUUUGCG